GAAAAUAUUAAAGAAACCCUUGAUAAAAAGAAGAACACUCCUCUUCUAAUCGUGCUUCUUCUUUUUCUCUCUCUCUCUGUAGAUUUCUACACUGAAAAUCAAGUUUCUGAGUCCAGUCUCUGACAAAAUGGAAGCAAACCAGUUAUACGGUUUGUCUACACUUGUUGUUAUUCUACUACUGUCGCUGACUUCGACAGUGACAUCCAAGGACGAGGUUGUUUCCUGUACAAUGUGUUCUUCCUGCGACAAUCCUUGUAAUCCCGUCCAAUCAUAUCCUCCUCCUCCGCCUCCUUCUCGUCCACCACCGUCUCCAUCAACCACCACUGCAUGUCCUCCACCUCCUUCUCCUCCUAGCUCCGGAGGUGGUGGUGGCAGCUCUUACUAUUAUCCUCCUCCUUCUCAGUCCGGUGGCGGCAAAUACCCUCCUCCCUACGGUGACGGUGGUCAAGGUUAUUACUAUCCUCCACCAUAUUCAGGAAACUAUCCUACACCGCCUCCGCCAAAUCCGAUCGUUCCUUACUUCCCUUUUUACUAUCAUACGCCACCACCAGGUUCUGGAUCAGACCGUUUUAUGGGUUCUAACUCUGUUCUCUUUGCUCUUUUCGCCGUCUUCCUCUGUUUAGUGUGACAGAAAAUAGUAGGAGUUGGCCGGAAAAUACCAAGUAAUGUGCGGUAGAUCUGCAAUAGUCUUUGAAGGUUUUAGAUAUAUCUGAUGCUGGAUCCAAAUGAUUAUCUUUUACUUUCUUUAACCUUUUCUUGUGUGAACAAUUUGUAUUUAAAUUUUCUUGUUAAUUAACAUUUUGAUUACUCGCUACUCAGAAAUAAAGCAUUGUUACUUUCUAUGCGUUA